UAAAUUAAAUAUAAAUAUUUUCUUUCCUCCCCUGUUAAGAAAAAGCAACGUUGUGCUGUGAGAUUUGCACGCAUUCUCUUCUUUUGCAGUUUCGCUUGAUCAUUCCCAAACUAUAACUCUCUCGAUCGAUCAACUAGGGUUUCUUCCAAUCCAUUAUAUCCAUCUCGAUCUCGCUACCGCAACCGCAACCGCCACUGUAUUUUGUAUGAUUGUUGUUUAUACCCUUACGGGAAUUGGAAAUUUGAAGUUAUCAAACAGAGAUUUAGCAGAAGAUGUUUUGGAGUAAAUUUGGGGAUGAGGAAUGGGUUUCUUAUUCAAUACGUUUUCUUAGACAAGUAAGGUUCAGUGGUUAUAUAUUGCACAGCAUUUCAUUGCCUACAUAUGAGUUUUGGUGAGGAAUGAUACAUGAGGUGUAAUAUCAUAUUCUUGUUUGUUCAGUUAGGAGCUUAAUAUAGUUAACUUGAUUGUCCAAUACUGGUAAAAAAUUUGGAACGAUAUAGUUACGGAAUGGAUGACGAUAUAGAUUUUGAGAUGUUUCUCAACACAUGGAGUGCGAAGAAUCCAACGGACCGUAUUUUCAUUAUAUCAUGCUUAGUUGCUGCCAUGGUUGGAAUUUUGACGAUCUUCUAUACGACUUUUCAGUGGAGGAGAAAUAUUAAUCUAAGUUGGAUGAAAGCUAUAGCUAGAUCUAAGAAAAACCCAAAGGCAAAGCAUAAAGUUCCGGUGGCCCCUCAUACUUGGGAUCUAGAAUCUGUAUCUCGUGCUAAGAAUUCGAACUGUUGUGUAUGUUUUAAAUCCAUAUCACCUUCUCAAACUCUAGGUCCUAUAGUAGCUUCAGACAGUUUUAUCCACCGGUGCGGUAUUUGUGGUGCUGUAGCUCAUUUAAGUUGUUCUUCUAGUGCACAUAAGGACUGUAAGUGUGUUUCUAUGAUUGGAUUUGAGCAUGUCUCACACCAGUGGGCUGUUCGUUGGACAGAUGUAGCUGACCAGCCCGAUGAACCUACUUUCUGUAGUUACUGUGAAGAGACGUGUGGUGGGACCUUCCUCAGUGGUUCACCUAUAUGGUACUGCUUGUGGUGUCAACGUUUAGUACACGUUGAUUGUCAUGGUUCAAUGUCUAAUGAAACGGGUGAUAUAUGUGAUCUGGGCCCUUUUAAAAGAUUAAUACUGUCUCCUCUGCAUGUGAAGGAAUUCAACCGGAACUUGCCAGGUAGUUUUCUUAGCUCAAUUACCCAUGGUGCAAAUGAGAUAGCAUCUUCAGUUCGAGCAAGUAUUAGGAGCCAGAGCAAAAAGUACAAACACGGAAGUGAAACACAGGUUGAAUCUGGGAAUAGUGAGAGCACUGGUGAAAUAUCCACAGAAAGCACUGCUGAUUCUCAUCAAAUAGUUAAUGGUCAUCAUAUAACAGAGGAAAAAAAUAGUGUUGCAUCAAAUGAAGAGGUUCAACAACAAGAUAGUGAAGUAGAUAAUAAGAUGGACAGAAAACCCAGUUUUAGGCGCAAUUCAUCUAUAAAUCAGAAGGAGGAUUCCCAGGUGUCAGGAGUGAAACAGAAUUAUGAGUUGACUGGUUUGCCUCCAGAUGCAAGACCGUUGCUAGUUUUUAUCAACAAAAAGAGCGGGGCCCAGCGAGGAGACUCACUUAGGCUGCGUCUGAAUAUUCUUUUAAAUCCUGUUCAGGUAUUUGAAUUGAGCUCAUCUCAGGGGCCAGAGAUGGGACUUUACUUAUUUAGAAAGGUGCCUCACUUCAGAGUCCUUGUAUGUGGUGGAGAUGGUACUGUUGGUUGGGUUCUGAAUGCAAUAGAAAAACAAAAUUUUGAUUCCCCUCCCCCAGUUGCCAUUCUUCCCGCCGGUACUGGAAAUGAUCUCGCUAGAGUUCUCUCUUGGGGAGGUAGCUUGGGUCCAGUGGAGAGGCAAGGGGGCCUUACCACAGUUUUGCAUCAUAUAGAACAAGCUGCGGUUACUAUUCUUGACCGGUGGAAGGUAACAAUCAGUAGUCCACAAGGAAAGCAACAGCUCCAACCACCAAAGUUUAUGAAUAAUUAUCUUGGAAUUGGUUGUGAUGCAAAGGUUGCUUUGGACAUCCAUAAUCUGCGGGAGGAAAAUCCAGAGAAGUUUUAUAACCAGUUUAUGAAUAAAGUUCUAUAUGCAAGAGAAGGUGCUAAAAGCAUAAUGGAUAGGACAUUUGAGGAUUUCCCUUGGCAGAUUCGUGUUGUGGUGGAUGGAGUUGAAAUUGAGGUCCCUGAGGAUGCUGAAGGGGUCCUUGUUGCAAAUAUUGGAAGCUACAUGGGAGGUGUAGAUUUGUGGCAAAAUGAAGAUGAGAAUUAUGAUAAUUUUGAUCCACAAUCUAUGCACGACAAGAUACUUGAAGUUGUGAGCAUAUCUGGAACAUGGCACCUAGGGAAGCUUCAGGUUGGGCUCUCUCGAGCUCGAAGACUUGCACAAGGACAGUCAAUUAAGAUACAAUUGUUUGCUAAGUUUCCUGUUCAAAUUGAUGGAGAACCUUGGUUUCAGGAACCCUGUACAGUUUCCAUAGCUCAUCAUGGCCAGGCCUUCAUGUUGAAGAGGGCGGCUGAGGAACCUCUUGGUCAUGCAGCUGCAAUGAUCACUGAUGUGCUUGAGAAUGCUGAAACCAAUAAUGUAAUUAAUGCUUCACAAAAGCGAGCUCUUCUUCAUGAAAUGGCACUCAGGCUGUCCUAGAAAUUUUCUCCUUUACACCUUGUGAUUACAGAUUUUGUAGCAGUUAUUUAGAGUACGUUUUGCACACUUCAUGUAUUUUCCUUUUCAAAAAUUGUGUCUAAACUGCUCGCCGCUCCUGAAGUAGGCUUGUAUAUUAUGAAUACUACACAUCAAUAGAAAGAAUGAAAUCAUAUAGCUUCUAA